AUGCGCGUCAGCACCUGGAGACAGCUAUGGAUCUGGCUGGCCGAGUCACAGAAAGAGCUCGGUCUUUCCAUUUCCGAUGAGGCCAUCAACCAGAUGAAGGUCAACCAGAUUGUCCAGGAUGAUGAGUUUAAGAUUGCCGCAAAGGAGGAGGAGAGAAGAAGGUCAGUACUUUCAUUUUCUGUGACUCUUGAAAUUUGGUAUCCGUGA